GGCGCGGUGAGGAGGGGCCGCGCGGGGCCGGGGCCGCGCAGAGCGCAGCGGCCGCCGCCAUGUUCGGGGGGCUCGGGAGGUGCUUCGAGGACGAUCCCUUCUUCAGGGAUCCCUACGCUGCCCACCAUGAGCACAUGAGGCAGAUGAUGAGGAGCUUCUCCGAACCUUUUGGGCGGGAUCCGUUCCCGAGCCUCCCGGAGGGAGGGGAGAGACCGGCGGAGAGGAGAGCGGGCGGCGGAGCGCAGCGGGACUCGCAGGUGGCCACGAGGGGCACCCGCAGGGCCACCAGCUUCUCCCUCAUGCCCUUUGCAGGUUUUGGGAGAGGGUGGGAUGCAGAUUUUGGGGAUCCAUUUUCUGCAAUGGACAGGAUGAUGUCAAACAUGAGGAACAGCAUGCUGGAAAUGCACAGGAAAUUUGAUGACCUGUCCAUUGAGCCUGAGGGACACAGUUUCAGCUCCUCCUCCAUGAUGACCUAUUCCAAAGUGGGGGAUGAACCUCCCAAAGUGUUCCAAGCCUCGGCCCAGACCCGCACGGCUCCAGGAGGGGUUAAGGAAACAAGAAAAGCACUGAAGGAUUCUGAAAGUGGCCUGGAAAAAAUAUCUGUUGGUCACCACAUCCAGGAUCGGGCUCAUGUCAUCAAAAAAUCCAAGAACUCCAAGACUGGGGAUGAGGAGAUUAAUCAAGAAUUCUUCAACCUGGAUGAAUCUGAGGCUGACACCUUUAAUGAGGAGUGGCAGAAGGAGAUCAUGAAGUUCAGGCCUUGCCGAAGCAGAGAAGCUGUGCAAGCUUCAAGAUCCAGAAGUGGCCAUUACAACCAGAGGGAAAGUGGAGCAAGAAGAGAGAAGCUACUUGGAGCUCCAGGAUCCAGAGUGCCCAGGGAUUCCUUGGAGGCUCUGAGUGUGAAAGGAACACCCGUCCCCCUGAAGGGCUCCAGGAAAUAACUGUCCCCCCUCCCUGGGGAUGGAGCUUCCCUGGAGCAGAUGAUGGUGCUCAGUGCUCGUGUCCAUAAAAAUACACCUGGAUUUGUGACCAAUCUCUGCUCUGUGUUGUGCCUUUGCUCCUCCUGCUUCUCCAAAGUGAAUCCAAACCCAGCAACUUUCUGCCUAAAAGCACUUUAUGGAACAUCUCUAAUCCUGGUGAAACCAGCUUGGAUUUGCAGAGCUGUUCUGCUCUGGCUGCACCAGUCUCAGGCUUUACUAAGCCUGGUACUGCAGCUCCUCCUUCCCACUCUAAGUUGCACAGAAAGCAAAUUUCCUUUCAUUUGGAUUGCUGAAAUAAUUACUGAUUUUCUAGGUUAAUUAACAGAACUUGAAUACACUGGAAAGCACUAUUAUCUAUACCUUUAAAAUCAUAUUAUAAAUUGUUACAGAAUUUCCUUUAUUUUGGGUUGCUGAAAUAAUUACUGAUUUUCUGGGUUCAUUAACAGAACUUGAAUACACUGGAAAGCACUAUUAUCUAUACCUUUAAAAUCAUAUUAUAAAUUGUUACAGAACCCCUACACUCACCUUGGUGUAACAUAAAAUGAGAGGAAAUACUGAAAUAUGACAAGACUUUACAUUUAUCAGAGUUUUUAUGUUAAUAAGCUGUGCUUGCACUUCAUUUCCUGUGCCUGAACUGUCAACUUUGUAUUCCUGAUCCUUUGUUUGUUUUCUGUGGAGUUAGCCCAUCAUUUUCCAUUUUGAGGAUUAUUGUCUGUAGUAUUUAAUUACUUUAAUUAUCCUGUAGUAAUAACAGUGUCCUGAGAUCAGCUGCAACUAGGAGUUACUCAUAGGAAAAAUACGCGGAGAAAUGAGUUUAACUGGAAUGAUUUCACCAUUUCUUAUGUACUAAAGAGUCCUGGAUACAGGAAUCCCUCUCCUUUCCAUGUUAUUUUUGUUUUACUGAGGGAGAAUGACCCUAAAUCUACAUUUGAUAGGAGUUCAGAAGAGCCAGCAGUGUCUGAGAGCAGGAAAAUCCUGGGAUUCCAGGUAUUCAGUCCCUGUACUGCUCUACCACACAGAAUUACCCCUGUGGUGUAGCACAAAGAAUUUCUGUGGAGAUAACAUUAAAUAAUAUAAAUUAAUAACACUAAAGCAUUACAUAAAUUCAAGGCUCCAUUAUAAUGUAGCCUUUAAAAGUACUAUUUGUAUGAUAAAAUAGGGUUUAGUAAGUUAAGAGUAAUAUUUGUUUGGCCAAAAAGCCUCUAAAUCUUACUUAAUCUUCCUGCAGUUUCCUCAGAUUAUUUAAUUUUAAUUAAUUAAUGUUUAAUAAUGUGCAAACCUAAUCAGCAGCACUUCUGUUGAGCUCUGAAAAGGGAAGGACAAUUAUUUGCUUAUGGUCUCUUCCUGAAUUAAGAGAGGUAUCAGUGGCAAUAAAUUGAUGUGAUCAAUAUUCAUGGCAAUAAUUAAACCAUUUAAUGAGCAGUGGGGGUCAGGGGGGGCUUGGACACCCCUUAAAGUCAGAGCUCAACCCAGGGGCUCAUUUUCCAUCCACUGGAGACAACAUGGAUUCUGCAGUUGGCUAAUUUAUGGGAUAAUGUUCUCAGUAAUUAACAGCAGCAAUGUUUUCUGUGUUGGAAUUUGAGCAGGAGUCUUGGAGAGUUGCUGCUGUUAAAUCCUGAUAACUCAGAUUUUUUUUUUUUUGUGAAAUAAAACAAGCCCUGGGUUUGAAAUGACAGUGGGAAGAGGUGAAUAUUCCCUCCAGAUCCUCUUUGCUACACCAAGACUGUUCUCCAAUGUGAGGCACAAGUUGUGCUCUGUAAAAGCAUCUGAAACUGCAAUUCUUUAAUAAAGUUAUUUAUUAUUUA